UACGACAAGCUGAGCCGGGCACUGAGGUACUAUUACAACAAGAGAAUUCUGCACAAAACUAAAGGAAAACGUUUCACCUACAAGUUUAACUUCAGUAAAGUCGUAUUGGUGAACUAUCCUCUGCUGGACAUGGCAAACUCCUCACUGCUGCUGGGGCAGGGCCCCUUCCCCGGGACCCAUGCUCAUGAUCCAUUCACUCCUGAGGCUCUGCAGUCCCUUUUCUCAGCCUCCAGUCGUCCACCACUCUUGGAUCGUCCCCUUUCGGCACCAGACACAGAAAAAUUGUGCCUGGAAGCUGCUUUCCCUUUCUUGGGAUCAGGUUCUGCUUACACAAAGGCUCCGACCUUGUUGCCCCCAUACAACCGUAACUCACCAUUUCCU